AUGUCAUUUUUUUGCUUACCGAUAGUUUGUGGAACAAGGCAGUGGGAUAAACCUUAUGAUCCUGAUCCUCGAUUGAACUCUAUCUACUGUCCAAACUGUCAUAACAACAGUGUCGGUCCCGUGAAGCGCCGAGAAUUUAUCACACUGUGGUUUAUACCGCUAUUUCCGAUCUACUGGGGGAAACAACUACGUUGCCCCAUCUGCCAAUGGCGCCAGGACUUUAAGAACCGUGAGCAACUGCAAAAAGUGGUGAAUGAACAGGGGAAUAUACACAAGGGAGCCGGACCCAUGUGA